GCUCUCGCGCUUUAUCAUUCAGUUUUGCCACCACUUGGCGACUGGAAGCGUCGCGACGCCUUCUGAAAAUUCGCGCCGCGCUUGGCAAAUUGAGCGACGCGUGUGAAAUGUUUCGUUUUCGUAAAGGACAAUUCGAAAAAUUGGUUUAUAUAUAAACUACAUUGAAUCUACAAUUUGUGUUGGAAAAGUACAUCGAUUAUUUACUUGUAAUUUACUAAGGUUUCAAGAUGAAUGGGAGCAAAGCGAUGACGAACAACGAGACUUACUGUAACCUCAAAGAUUUCGAGCUGAGCUGCAUCAACGUCCAUCUCUACUUAAGCUUGAUGGUGUGCAUCUUCGGAUCUGUAGCUAACGUGCUUAACAUUUGCGUAUUAACAACGAAGAACAUGCGGAUACCGACGAACUUCAUCCUCACCGGAUUAGCUGUAGCCGAUCUUCUGGUCAUGCUCGAGUACCUUCCGUUCGCCCUUUCCGUCUACCUCCACCCAAUCCUACAAAAACCCGAAAACUUCACUAAAGCCAAAGCCUAUUUCCUCUACUUCCACGCGGUCUUCUCGCAAAUCUGCCACUUCAUUUCCUGCUGUCUCACAGUUCUCUUAGCCGUCUGGAGGUACAUAGCUAUAAAGCAUCCUCAGGAGAAUAAAGUCUUGUGCAGUGCAGGUCGCACCAAAUUCGCAAUCGCGAUGUCCUACAUCCUGUGUCCUUUGGUUUGCACUCCGGUAAUCAUAAACCUCACGAUCCAAAGUCUUCCCAAAGGAAUCGAUACGAACGGCAAUUUGAUUCCCUAUAAUAUGAUCAAUAUAACGGAGGCCGUGAGGAACACCACCAUCUACACGGUCGCCGUCAAGGACAAGUAUUGGCAAUUGAACAUGCUGUUCUAUAGCGUCAUCAUUAAGUUGCUGCCGUGUGUUUUCCUCACCGUUCUCUCUACUUUCCUGAUCAAGGCUAUUUUAAACGCGAAGAACCGUUACAAGGAUCUUUGCAAGAGCAGCGGAAUGCCUUUGGUUAAUGGGGAGACGAAGAAACAGAGAAACUUGGAAAAGGAGCAACAGGCUGAUAGGACUACAAGGAUGUUACUCGCAGUACUUCUGCUUUUCCUACUCACUGAAUUCCCUCAGGCCAUCCUCGGCGCUGUCGCUAUCAUUCUUGGGAACGGCUUUCUCGUAUCCUGUUACAAACCACUUGGACAUUUGAUGGAUAUGGCUGCCCUGACGAAUUCCGCCAUCAACUUCAUAUUAUACUGCACGAUGUCGCAGCAGUUCAGAGCCGCCUUCAGUGAAGUCUUCCUUCCCAAAUGCAUCAAAGAUAGGAACGCGAAACGGGAGGCGACAACGGAAAACAGUAAAACCGGAAAGAUCUCCGUCGUCUAAGUCGAAUUAUCCAAUGAUUAAUUCUUACCUUUCAAGGUAGGAAGAGGAGAGAGAGAUGAAUCGAAAUGUAAUUUAAUAAACAAUAUGUGAUUUAUGAAUAGUGAGAAAUAUUUUUUCAAUGUGAGUUUUGCAAGAGUCAAACGCAGAAAAGGAAUCGCGCAAUUGUUAGUUGAAUUAAUUAUUUUACACUUAA